UCUCUUGCCACGUUGAGCGACCUUACCACUAUGAAGUGGGUUUUCCUUGGCUUAACCUUGUGCGGGCUUGUGGCCAUAAGCCACGCCAAGAACUAUCAAAAGAAUAAUGCAUGCUUGGUGAAGAAUAAGUAUAGACACGAGAGCACUUGUCGUGGGCCACGUCGGCAGUUUUAUGCCUUUCAUCGGAUUAUCAUGGAUUGUAUUAGGGUGACCACAAAGUGUCCACAAUUUCAUAAAAAGAACGAGUAUCCCAGUCUUGCGCGAUGUCAAUCUGACUGCGCCUACCACAUGAAGUUAGGGCUUCCGAAAACAACAGUAGGAUCGAACACAACAACCCCAUCACCAGAUGCAGGUGCAGGUGGAGGUGGUGAAGGCAAUAAAGAAGAAAAGAAAGAAGAGGAAAAAAAGGAGGAGGAAAACAAAGAAGCAUCGUCAAGAACAAUGCCAGUCAAAUUUCUUCAACGCACCAAAAGGGCAGUGAAAAACUACAGAAAGAACAUUGAUACAUCCGAAGAGGAUGAAGAAGAUUCUUCUUCACAAGAACAUAGUCGACGUAGAAAAGCCAGAGAUGAGACUAGGAGACUAGAGAGAAAAAAACGCAACCAAGUUAGACGUAAAUCGAGAAAAUCUUUUGAAGAUGAUGAAGACGAUGAAGACACUUUUUUACCAAACAAAAAAUCAAAAAAAUCUAUAGGAUCGAAAAGGAAAACAAGAAAAUUUUCUGAAGAAGAAGAGCAGCACGAGAAGCCACCAAGUAAAAAAUCAAAGAAGAUUACACGAAAAAUUAGAAAAGACAGUGAAGAAGAAGACGAGGACGAGGACGAAAAGCCAUCGACUAAAAAACCAAAGAAAUUGAAACGAAAAGUACGAAAGGAUAGCGAAGUAAAUGAACUAGAAUAUGAGGGUCCUCCUCCAGCAAGUAAAAAAUCAAGGAAAUUAAAACGGAAAAUUCGACACGACAGCGAUGAGGAAAAGCAAGCGAGAAUACGGAGAACACAAUUAUUGCAGGCCAAAACUAAUCCUCAUAUGGAUGAGGAUGAUAAUGAAACUGGUGCCUUUGCUCUACGCACUCUGUUAUUGAAGUCAUCUCAUAAAAAUAUGUCGUAUGUAGUGGAAGCUUUGCCGGAUUCAUAUGCUUUCUUGGGCGAAGGUCCUCAUUGGGACGUGGCACGUCAGAGUUUGUAUUAUGUGGAUUUAGAACGUGCUGGAAUCCAUCGUUACGACUACAAAGAGAACAAGGUGUACAAGGCUUAUAUAGAAAAUGAAACGUUUGCCACUUUCAUUAUACCCAUUGAAGGAAAUAAGAAGGAAUUUGCCGUUGGCUGUGAUCGUCGCGUUAGCAUUGUAAAUUGGGAUGGCGUCUCGCCAGGGGCCAGAGUGGUGCGAACAUUGUUCGAAGUGCAGUCAGAUUUAAAGGACAAUCGCCUUAAUGAUGCCAAAGUCGACCCGCGUGGUCGGUGGUUUGGAGGCACUAUGUGUCGCACGGGUAAUGUGUUCAUUCAGCGUAAGGGUGAACUAUACAUGUGGCAAGCUGGCGGAGAGGUGAAUGUAAUUAAAAGUGAUGUGGGCAUUUCCAAUGGCUUGGCCUGGGAUGAAAAGGCCAAGAAGUUCUAUUAUGUCGAUACGAAUGACUACGAGGUUAAGGCGUUUGAUUACAAUGUAGAAACUGGUGGCGUCUGCAAUUCCACGGUCAUAUACGACUUUCGGGGCGCCAAGAGUGAGGAUAACUUGCAACCCGAUGGAAUGGCUAUUGAUACCGAUGGCAACAUUUAUGUAGCAACUUUUAAUGGUGCAGCCGUUUACAAGGUGGAUCCCAGAAACUCCGAAUUGCUGCUCAAGAUUGAAAUACCUACUAAACAAAUCACUUCUGUCGCCUUUGGUGGACCAAAUUUGGAUAUUCUCUACGUGACCACAGCUGCGAAACAUGAGCAACCUGUUCCAGCUGGCACCACCUUCAAGGUGACUGGCCUGAAUGCUAAAGGUCUUCCAGGGGUCAAUCUCAAAAUCUAGACAAAAUGUAUUUGUGUGGUAAAUAAAUGCUUCCAUUUUUUCUAAA